CAACCCAUUCAUUAACAAUGUAAUCACACACACUCACACAAAACACACACACACACACACACGUACCAAAUCCUCCCCAAUUUCAACAUUUCUAGCACAUCAUGCUUGAUCUAAACCCUAAUUUCAACGACCACCGCACAAAUCACCACCACCGCUUCACCGGCGCCACCGCCGGCGUCCAGUUCCGGCUAGAAACAACGGAUGAGGACUCCGGCGUCUUUUCUCCGCCGCUGUGGCGGAGCACAAGUCCACCGGACAGUCCGGUUAGGUUUCCGAAUGCUCGAUCGUUAUCUCCGGCGUCGAGAGCUCAGGCGAUCGCCAGAGGACAACGAGAGAUGAUGGAGAUGGUGAAUAGCAUGCCGGAAACAUCGUACGAGUUAUCGUUGAAGGAUAUGGUUGAACAGAGGCGCGACUUUACGGACGCUAGCGUUGACGAGACACAGAGCGUAGAGGACGGCGAACGGCGGUUGAUUCCCACCGGUCAACAGAGUCAACGGCGGAGGAAGAGCAAAUCCGGUAGCGUUAAGCGGCAGGAGAGUAGUAAAAAUGGACGGAUCGUUGUGAAAAACGGAAGCAUGAAUCGGAAUCAUAAUUCAGGUCUUUUGAUUAACAUGUUUUUACCGUUUUCAAUCGGAUCUAAAAAGAAGAAAACUAUUCGAACGAAUUCAUACAGUUACCGUAACGGGAAUAAUGUCGCCGGAGUAAAAUCAUCGCCGACGGCGGAUUUGCUAGAGAAAUCCGGUGACGGUGACCGGAGGGAGUGGUGGAAGAAGUUUACGGAUUCCGGUUACAGUGAAGGCUCUGGAGUAACUAGUAGCAGCGGCGGAGAGAGUACCGGAAGGAGUGGUAGCAGUGGCAGCUCCGGUAGCAGCACCGCCGGAAGUCUCCGGAAUAAUAGUGACAGGAGAAAAGAUGGUUGCACGAGCGGUUGUUGGUCAUUGUUCCCCUAUAGAAAGAAAAAAUCAUAACGUGUUUGAAAAAUGGAUGCUUGUGACUUUGAAGAAUAGAUCGUCAGAGGUUUUAAUUAAUAUUGGGACUGGCCUCAAGGAAAAGUAUGUUAUAUGUAUAUGUUCAAAUUAUUUUGUAACUUGUAAUGAAUUUAUAAGAUAGUCUUCCACAUGACACUUUCCAAACAAUAUCAUUCAUGACUUGUAACCGGUAAAUAAUUUGAUGAGAUAAAUAUUUUUUUUACCAA